GCCCUGCCCUCUCUGCCCCCAGGGGGAGCUCCUGAGCCCUUGCCGCUGUGACGGCUCCGUGCGCUGCACCCACCAGCCCUGCCUCAUCCGCUGGAUCAGUGAGAGGGGCUCCUGGAGCUGUGAACUCUGCUACUUCAAGUACCAGGUCCUGGCGAUCAGCACCAAGAACCCACUGCAGUGGCAGGCCAUCUCCCUGACCGUCAUCGAGAAGGUCCAGAUUGCCGCCAUCGUUCUGGGCUCCCUCUUCCUGGUCGCCAGCAUCUCCUGGCUCAUCUGGUCCUCGCUCAGCCCUUCAGCCAAGUGGCAGCGCCAGGAUCUCCUCUUCCAGAUCUGCUACGGCAUGUACGGCUUCAUGGAUGUGGUCUGCAUAGGCCUCAUCGUUCACGAAGGCUCUUCUGUCUACCGCAUCUUCAAGCGCUGGCAGGCAGUGAACCAGCAGUGGAAGGUCCUGAACUAUGACAAGACCAAGGACACAGGAGGAGAUACAGGGGGAGGGACGGCGGGGAAGCCAGGCCCCAGGACCUCACGGACCAGCCCCCCGGCCGGGGCCCCCAGCCGGCCCCCAGCCGCCCAGCGCAUGCGGACGCUCUUGCCUCAGCGCUGUGGCUAUACAAUCCUGCAUCUCCUCGGACAGCUACGGCCGCCAGAUGCCCGUUCCAGCUCUCAUUCUGGCCGAGAGGUUGUGAUGAGGGUCACCACGGUCUGACCUGGACUCCAGGGGCAGGGAUCUCAAGUCAGAGUGCGUCAGCCGGAGACGAGCUCUCCCGGCUGCUGGAGGUGACGGCCUAGGCAAGGCGUGUGGGGCACAGUGGCCCCACCACUGAGGAUCUCUGUGGACAGCCUCAAGCUCGGAGACAUUGUCAGGCCUCUGCUGCCCACAGGGUAGAGACGCCUGGAUGACAUUCCAGCUCCCACUGACACCACCUCAUACUCAUCCUGAGGAUGGCCAGCAGGCAGGCGGGGAGAACAGCUUGCCUUCUUGGAGAGAACCAUCUUUACCUCAGCUCUAGGGCCUCCAGUCCCCUGGCUCCACCAUGGUGACUUGGUAAAGGGAGACCAAUGCCAGAAAAACAGGGGCUGUAGACCCCCCCCCAUUCCCCACCCCAUGGCCACAGGGCAUCUGGCAAUAAGACUGGUAAACAUUGACCUCCCGUUCCCUGCAUGAGGGCGGGGGGACUUCCCCCCUGCCCCACCCCCCAUUGCAUGGGGGAGGGCAUAAAGAAUCAUUUAUAUGCACGUGGAGACUCCUUUCUCAUCUGGGGCUUCUCUGAAGGGCUGGGGGGGUGCGGGGAGGUCCCCCAGCACAGGUUGACAGUCCCAAGUGUAGCAGCGCAUUUGGAGCUGGUGGAGGGGCUCCUGCUGGCUGGUGAAGAGUUCCCACUGGCUGCUAGGUGCCAGGGCUCGGAGGGGGCUGAGAAGGGUAGACUCUGCCACCUGUGAGUUCUAUGAUUUAGGAAAAAAGACAAAUCUGAGCUUUUUUUUUUUUUUUUUUCUCUUUCUUUUUCCUGUCUACCUCAUAGACUUGGAAAGAGGAUAUUGAGGGACGGGUUAAAUGCUAUUACAAAGAAAACUGAUCAUGGUAUAAAGAGAGUUCUGGACUAGUUGCUGGUCCACUUAUUUCAAGCAAUAGGUGGGAUAGCCGAUCCCAAAGUCUGGUUUUUUUGUCAGAAGCGGCACAGAACUUCAGCGUUUUUUUGAGUGAGAAAAUAGAUACUGAAACAAAAGAGGAAAUAGAUACAGUAACUGUGCAGGACAGUGGUUAUUGUAGGAAUGAGAACACUUUUGACCCUCCAAACAUUGGACAUGGUGUGUGGGGGGCGGGGACGACUGAUACUGUAGCCACUCAGCCUGCUCUAAGAACACCUGUGUUCUAUCAGUCCUUUCUAGGUACUGUGUCCCCCACCCCCCAAAAAUGGUGUGCAAUGGACAUGGACUCGUUUUGCGUGACAGGGGAGGAAACUCCUCCCUCAGUGUUGUGUCUUUAAUUCCAGUUGAAACUGUGGCCGGUCAGGGUCACAGGUCUGAUCCAGGUGUGUGCCCAGCUGGAAGGUAGAAGCAUAGGGGAGCUAUUGUUUAUUAGGGAAACGAUUUGGGAACUGUGGGUCCGAGGGCUGGGGGCGUGGGUCAGUGGUAAGAGGUCUUGCCUGGUGUGCAUGAGGGUCCCGGGUAUAACUCCCAUACCACCAGAAAAAGUAUGUGGUCAGCUUGAAGCUUGGUCCCUUUCUCCUGAAGCCCGGUGGCUGGGUAUUAUAUGAACGAUGGUGUCUUUUAAGUGAACCAUUAAAAAAAUUCCUUCAUACAUUGCUAAA